AUGCAUGAGGAGCUUGCAGACAUCCCGUCUGACGCCUUCUUAUCAUCCUCGCCAGAGAAGUCGUCACGGGAUGAGUUGAUCGAGAUCAGCUCUUCGCAACCUACGCUUUCCCGUGAACAACCUAGAGCUUGGAGAGGACCGCAGAACGGACUGAAACAGAUGACCAUAUUCGGGCAGCCUGCAACACAACGACUCUCGGCUUCCCAAGCCGCCAAGAAGAAGCAUGCUUGGCCUCUCAAGGAUCGCGAAGAGGCGCCGACCCAUCAUAAACUUGACGCUAAAGCCAUGGAGACUUGGGUAUACCCUACGAACCUCGGCACCAUACGCGACUAUCAGUAUAACAUCGUCAACCGUAGUCUUUUUCACAACACUCUGGUUGCACUGCCCACCGGCCUUGGCAAAACCUUCAUAGCUGCGACCGUCAUGCUAAACUACUACCGGUGGACACCUACGUCGCAGCUUGUCUUCAUGGCGCCGACGAAGCCGCUCAUCGCGCAACAACUGGAUGCUUGUUACAGAAUCGUCGGAAUCCCAAGAUGUGACACUGUGCUGAUGACAGGAGAGACAACACCCGCGGUGCGUGCCGAACAAUGGCUCGAGAAACGCGUGUUCUUCAUGACGCCUCAGACCGUGAUCAACGACCUCAAAUCGGGCAUAUCUGACCCAAAGAAGAUUGUCCUGGUUGUGGUUGACGAAGCGCACAAGGCCACCGGCGGCUAUGCCUACACCGAGGUCAUUGCAUUUCUUCGUCGCUUCAACAGCAGCUUUCGCGUGCUGGCGUUGACAGCAACGCCGGGCUCGAAGGUGGAGGCAGUCCAGGCUGUCAUUGACCAUCUCGGUAUUGCUCGUACCGAGCUCCGCACCGAGCAGUCACUGGACAUCCGGCCUUAUACGCACGAGAAGCACACGGAUUUUGAGCUAUUUGAUUACAGCGAUGAGCAAGAAUUGAUCAUGGAGCACAUGACAAAGGCGCUGAAUCCUGUCUUGCAGAAGCUGAACUCGCAGAACGCCUUUUGGUCGCGUGAUCCGAUGCAGUUGACCGCGUUUGGCUUGACGAAAGCCCGGACACAAUGGAUGCAAUCAGACGCUGGCAGAAGAGCGCCCAUGCCGCUCAAAGGUAUGAUCAACAUCAUCUUCACGCUCCUCUCUCAGCUUGCCCACGGCAUCGGGCUGCUGAAAUAUCACGGUAUCGUGCCGUUCUACACCGGCAUGCUUGAGUUCCAGAAAGCCGUUGAUAGCGGCCAAUCCAAGGGCAAGAAUGCGCGAGAAAUUGUCCAAUCCAGCGACUUCAUCCAGAUGAUGAGCCGCAUCCGUGGCUGGACUCACAACCCCGACUUCGUCGGUCACCCAAAGCUGCAGUAUCUCCGCGAGGUCGUUCUUGGACACUUCCUUGACGCUGGCGAAGGAGCGCUAGGUACCGACGCACCACCCUCCGCGACGCGCGUUAUGGUCUUUGCGUCAUUCCGUGACAGCUGCGAAGAGAUCUGCCGGGUGCUGAAACGGAACGACCCGUUGAUCAGACCGCAUGUGUUCGUCGGGCAAGCUGGGAGCGCAAACAGUGAGGGCAUGACCCAGCAGAAGCAGAACGCCGUCGUCCAAGACUUCAAGGCAGGCAAAUUCAACACACUUGUCGCCACUUCCAUUGGCGAGGAAGGUCUUGACAUUGGCGACGUCGACUUGAUUGUCUGCUAUGAUGCCUCAUCCUCGCCCAUUCGUAUGCUUCAGCGCAUCGGGCGUACUGGUCGUAAGCGCAUUGGCAAAGUGGUCCUUCUGCUCGUGCGUGGCAAAGAGGAAAACGACUACGCUAAGGCUCAGGACAAUUACGCAUUCAUUCAGAAGUCAAUCGCAGAUACAAGUAAGUAUGACUACCGAGACGAUCAAAGUCCGCGUAUCCUGCCCAAGGACGUGCAUCCAGUGGUCGACAAACGGGUGAUUGAGAUACCGAUCGAAAACAGCCAGCCUGUGGACCUCAAUGAAAGAGGCAGGAAGGCGAGAGGGAAGGCGAAAGCGAAGCGCCCACCAAAGAAAUUCCAUAUGCCGGACAAUGUCCGCACCGGCUUUGUGAAGGCUUCCAAGCUGGGCUCUGACGGCGAAGAUGAAGCUGAAGAAAGCAGCAAGCUACGCCCUCCUUCUUCGCCACCGGAAAUCGCGCAGCUGCCUUUCCUCGAAGAUGUGUUACUUACCGAAGCUCAGCAGCAUGAGCUUGAGAUGAAGUACGCUCGUACCGCUGGGCAUGAAGACAUGGUUGUACGUAUACCUGAACCUGGACGUUAUCCGGGAACGCUACGAGAACUGGGCACAACGAAGUAUGUCCGGCACGGG